UCAAAUGAAUAGAAUCAUUGUGAUGAUUCAGUCAUUCAAACUUUAAUCUCAAAUCUUGCCUAUCUCCUCACCUCGCCCCCUAACUCCCUCUCUCAAGGUCACUAGGUCACCAAUCUGAGACGGAAAAUGCCCCAUAAAUCCAUAGCGCCAGUCGCAUGGACUAACGAACCUGGCGAUCAACUGCUUUUGCAAAGUUACCUUUAUUUCAGGAAUUUUAUUGAGAUCAAGAUUUACUUCACGUUUACUCACUUUUCUCACAUAAAGUUCUCCUUGUGCUAAAAAAAAACAUGUUUAACCAGUGAUUUGGAUACCACGCUAUCUUAAGAUAAUCAGGUUCCCUCCGAAGCAUGUGCAAAAUUUCAGAAUCUGAACGUUCAGACAUCGACCAAAAACUCGAACAUCCAUGAAAUCACAGCUGACCAACUACAAUUCAACCAUAUCAGACUAUCCGAGUUUAAGCAACGUGUAGACUCAGCCAAUAGAUCAGCAAUGACCUCCGUUAAUCACAGCGCAGGACACCUCUUAAACCAGACAGUCCGGAAUCGAUUCAAGAACCAAAACACCGCUCUAAGAGCCGCGUUAGCCUUGUUUAUAAUAUGCCAAAUUUUAUCCUGCUCAUCCGCUAAUACCUGCAACGCAGUGUUCAAAAUACAAACGAGCGUGUAUCCAGUCCUCUUAAAUCUCACCGAGGACCAACGACUAUGUAUCGAAGAUGAGUAUGGAGAAAGUAUAUCAUUACUCUUCACAAAUCUGACGCAGAAAACGAGAUACAAAGCAGCGUACUAUACCUCAGACUAUGACGUCAUCCUAAAAACACAGUCGAAUACCCUAUGUAGCAUAGACACAAAUGAGGGAGCAGUCGUAAGCUACUGGUGUGACACCACCAACAGCACCGAAUGCUCAACAUCCAACAAGGUUUGCUCAACGUCCACCGAGCUGAGGCAGAAGGGCGAGCUUUACGAUGUGUACCACGGCGCCCCAGAACUGGAAUUCCAAGUUAGCGGGUUCAAUUUCACGAGCGGGUCGAACUACUCGCAAGUUGUUACCGUGUGCGAGGACGGGUCCUUCCAGCUGAACUUGCAGGGUUUGGGUCUCUUGGGCGUGAAAAAUCUGACGCUUUCCAUUGCAGGUUGGGAUUCGCAGGUAUCGCGAUCUUUGUUGCGAUACGGCGAGGAGAUAUACUACGUUGACAGCGCCCCUGUCGGCUGUCCUGAGAGCGGUGUCUUUGGAGAGUACCAAUCUGAUGGGAAGAACGCGAUUUAUGCUACACCCAAGGUCACGUGUUCAGCCCCGCUCAACUGCGCGUGCGAGUGCACCCUCCAACCAAGCGCGAUCGGCGCCCUCAACCAAAAGGGCGUUUCACACCUGCAACAAGCAAAGCAACUCGAAAGCCUGGACGACGACUCAUUGGUCGAAGCCGUCAAAGUGGGCCACGUUUGGGUGAAACUGGAAGUCGCGCAACUGGACAUGUCUCUCCGGCGGUACGUGGCGGACAUGCGGUUGAAAUCCACGCGAAACUGGAAAAUCACGGCCUGCGACCUGUACAGCUGGGACAAGGCGAGGCUGAUCAAGGAACUCGGUUUCGACAACAAACCGUCCUGUUAUAUUUUAAGCGGUUCUGGUAACGAGCACCACACUCUGCAGUGUUGCACGUCCGUUGAAAAGUGCAAAGUUACGUACUUCUCGUUCACGACGAUUUCGACGAAGAGUGAGAAGGGCUACUGUCGGAUUUCAGCGUACUCCACGAGAAAUUCCACCAGUGCGGAAGUGACACUGACUUUCCCUUUGAGCUCGGGUGGUGGACAAGAGUUCGGGGAAUCUUUGAGUCGACUCGAUUUUGUCGAUUGGGCGAAUGUGUUCUGCAUGAUUGCUCUCGUUGUUGGGAUAGUCUUGUUAGUGAUAGCGGUGGUGCUCUAUCAUGUGAGGCUGCAAAAGCAAGAGGAGUCCGUGUAGCGUGUUCAAGUAUCCUGAUGUUCAUGAGAGCGCACUCUCUCUAUAAUUUCUGUGAUAAUCAGAGGUGAAUGGAGAUGUUGCAUGUGUGAGGGAUUUGCGAUUUGAAUGUUGAUUCUUAUGCAAAAGUUCGCGAGAAACACGAUGGUGCCACUGGUUUUCUCUGAAAUCAUCCCCCAAGCUCAAAAAA